CCCGAGCGGCCGGGCGGGCACCGAGCAGCCGCCGCCGCGGGCCCCGGGAGCAGCCGGCGGGCAGCGGGGCCGCCUCCUCUCGCCGCCGGCCAUGGGCAGCCCCUAGCCCCCUGCACCCGAUCAAAAAUGACGGUCAAGGCUGUAAAAAUGCCGUGCACCACUCCAAAUGUUUAUACUAAAGUGCCUGACGGAGGAUGGGGUUGGACGGUUGCUUUUGCUUUCUUCUUCGUGGAAGCUCUUACGUACGGCAUUAUAAAAUCCUUUGGAGUCUUCUUCAACGACCUGAUGGAAAGCUUUGACGAAACCAACAGCAGGAUAUCCUGGAUCAUAUCCAUCUGUGUGUUUGUGCAGACCUUCACAGCUCCUCUGUCAACCGUCCUAAGCAAUCGCUUCGGUCACCGCUUCGUCGUGAUGGCCGGCGGGGUGCUGGUCAGCACCGGCAUGGUCACUGCCUCCUUCGCCCGCACCGUCGCGGACAUGUACGUCACCAUCGGCAUCGUUUCUGGCCUCGGAUACUGCCUCUCUUUCCUCCCGACUGUCACCAUUUUAUCACAGUAUUUUGACAAAAGGCGUUCGCUGGUCACAGCAGUGGCAUCUACAGGGGAAUGCUUUGCUGUCUUCUCCUUCGCACCAGCAAUUACUGCUCUGAAGGAGCAGAUCGGCUGGAGAUACAGCCUGCUGUCUGUUGGGGUGCUGCAGCUGAGCAUUGUCAUCUGCGGAUCGCUGCUGCGACCCAUUAUAAUCAAAGAGCAAGCAGAAGAAGUGAAAGUGCAGCCUCCGGAAGAGCCCACGGAGACAAAGUACAUGCUUGAAAACGAGCAAACACGCACCUCAAUAGAGUCCAUUGACUCAGGAGUCGAAAUAACUACCUCACCCAGAAAUGUGCCUGGAAACACCAAAGCAGAGCCGAAAAGUGAAGAACCAAAGGAACAUGCACAGACCCUCGUUGAAAACAACAGUCCCCCUACAGAACCAAAAACCAAACUACUGGACUUUUCUGUGAUGAGAGACUCUAGCUUUAUCUGUUAUGCAUUCUUUGGCCUAUUUGCUACCCUGGGGUUCUUUGCUCCCUCCCUGUACAUCAUUCCCCUGAGUCGCAGCCUUGGCAUCAGCAAAGACCACUCUGCAUACAUACUGUCAGCCAUGGCGAUCGCAGAGGUCUUUGGAAGAAUUUCAGCUGGCUGGGUUCUCAACAAAAAGCCUAUCCGCAAGAUCUACAUCGAACUCAUCUGUGUCGUUCUGCUGUCUGUAGCACUGUUUGCCUUCCCUUUUGCCUCCGAAUUCUGGGGGUUGAUGACAUGUAGCGUAUUUUUCGGGUUCAUGCUCGGGACAGUAGCGGGCACGCACAUUCCUCUGCUGGCAGAAGACGACGUGGUUGGCAUUGCAAAAAUGUCUUCCGCAGCUGGAGUCUACGUCUUCAUUCAGAGCUUAGCUGGGUUGGCUGGCCCACCCCUUGCAGGUGUCUUAGUGGAUAAAACACAGAACUACAGCUCAGCCUUCUACUCCUGUGCUGCUGGCAUGGUCCUGGGUGCCGUCUUUCUGUCCUUGGUGAGACCGUGCAAGGCUGGGCUGUGCCACCGGCAGCAGCCGGGCGCGGCGGAGGGCGCGGCGGAGGGCACGCAAGACUUGCCAGAGGACUUUAUUGAAAUGGAUAUUGGGAAAGCAGAUAAUUCAGGAAAAGGCUGUGACAGCGUGGCGUAAAAACUGUUCCUUCUCCAUCUAAUAUACUUGGUGUAAGCCUGGGGAACGUGUCAGCUCUGCUCCACAUUUUAAAACUACAUUCUAAAGGGAAUGUGAAAUUUUAAAUGUGAACAGAACAGUUGCUAUUAACAAACAACUUUUUUAUUGUUAGAAAGAACUUUUUUAACCAACAAUGGAAAGCUCCAUAGAAAAUACAGAUAGCCACAUACGAAUAAUUCGUGUCUAGCAUGAAGAUGUGAUGCACACUCCUGCUUUCCCGAUAACACGCAUAGGUAAAGGCUCAACUGAUCCCACGUGAAAAACCGAACGGCAGAAGCAGCCCGUGCAAGUCAACCUGGCAGUGCAGUCUCUGACUGUCUCCGUUCAUCCCAUACUGCAAAUGCUGCACAGUCACAAACCAAUUAUACUAACUAGAGACGAGUAUUUGUGCAACACUAGUAGCCAACUGCAUUUUCUUUCGGAAGAAUAUGGACUUACGUUUUAGAUUUGAGGAGGAGGCUAGGCUAGAUAGCUGACUUCAACAUUGCUAUUGUUCUUCUAAAUAACUUGAAUGUCACAAAUGCUGGGAAAUCAGAGGUUCCAUAUGUCUUUGUGGCCAGUUAUUACUGCACAUAUUUCAUGAUAAGAUCAUUUUUCUUCUCCUGAUUGGUUUCCUUAGAACCGUCUUGUAUCACUAGUCUGACCAGAUGUACUGUUUUCUAAUUUAACUAGUAUUUAUUAAUUUAUUCUAAGAUAGUUAAAGGAUGUUAUCUUAACUGGAGAGGAAAAAUAAUCUUUUGCAUAAUGGCAAACUGUCUUUACAUCAAACCUUUCAAUACCUAUCUUGUAUUGCUAGCUUGUGAAAUUGUUGGGGAAACUUACUUUCACAGCGUAGAGUAUGGCUGUUUUUAAUAGGUAGGCCCUAGGUAACCCCCUUGUUAUUUCAAAUAAUAAUAAUAAAAACCCUACAGAUUCAGUAUCUCCUUCCAUAAGGCCUCAGCUGCUGUCAGUGGACCUCGCUCUACUGCCAGAAGCAGACCACCACGCAGUGAGGAUUUGGCCCAGCAUGUCUUAACAGCUGAAUGUACCCAAAUGUCUCACCUAGAGGUGCACGAGGACGUCUCUGCCACAUCUCUGACCGAGUGUGGAGUCCCUCGAUGCUGUCCUGGCCAUGGGCUGGUCCUAGCAGUGCCCCUUCCUCCCCAGCCUCAGUGAGAGGCUUUUUGCUGCUGACUUCAGUGAGAAAAAGAACUGGAGCCUGUGUGUAUUUAAUGUGUAGAAGGAAUUAUAAAAGUCAACGUACUAGCUGUUCAUUUAGUCUUAACAGGAGAGAUUCCUACUCACAGUGACACAAGCUUGCUUACCCCACCUAUGUGCAUCUUAACGCCUCUAGGCAACUCAGGGGGAAUAAAUAAAACGAGUCUGUUUCAGUUUGAGUACACGUGCUUUGGAAAAAAAAAAAAAGCAUUUCUGUGUAUUUAAGUGGAAGUGGCAUCAUGCGUUAACUGCUACACUGGCAUGUCUGUGUGUUUCACCAGCCAUAGAAACGUGGGACAAUCUGUAGAACUCCUCUUUGGGAAGGUGCUUGAAUUGUUUUUGUCUUAGACGUCCAAAAAAAAAAAAAAAGAAACAGGCACUCAUGCAACAAAGUGGCUAGAGCAAUCCAUCGUCACUGCCUGAAAACUGUUGUGACCAUGCUGCAGUCUCGUGUCCUUUCUAUGCCUCAGCACUUUAUCACCCACAGCAGAACCUCGCUGCGUCGCGCCAAGGACUGGAAGACCCCUUACCGAGAACUCGAGUGUUGCGAGUCAGUGAGUAACUGAACAAAUACCGCGUUGCAUUCCGAUGUACUUUAUUUAUUGUUAAUUUAUGAUACUUCAAGCAUUUUGGUAAAUGUUCUGUAGCCUAUAAUUGUAAGAUUAUUGAAGUCUUUGUAAUAUGAGACCUCACUACAGCACUUUGCUAUUACAACUCUGCUUGGAAGUGGAAUAAGGCCUCCAGGUUUUGCGUGUGUGUGAAAGCUCCCCGUUCUGCAGAUUUACGAGGUUCUACUGUAACUUUUUUUACAACAAUUUCCAAUACAGAUCAAAUAAUACGUU